AUGCCCACCGCCACCGGUAUCGCUCCGCCGAUGCAGAACAAGACGGAGAUCGACAUUGUCAAGUCGUUUGGCGACUGGACGACGUUUUGCCACAGCUACGGGCUCAAGCCGCACGACAACGACGACAACAUCGAGGCCAUCCGACUACUCCACCGCAUGGCCGACGAGGAGAUCCUCGCAAGGAAACUCGCACAAACGCUCAGCCAGCAGCAGGCUGGUCGUCGUUGA